AUGAAGGAUUUGAUGGAGGAAAAGGUAGACCUAACAAAGGAUUUAAUGCAGGAACUAGCAGAUGUAAAGGAAAAAAAAGAAUGCGAAAAAUCAGAACUAACAAAGGAUUUAAUGCAGAAACUAGCAGAUGUAAAGGAAAAAAAAGAAUAUGAAAAAUCAGAACUAACAAAGGUUUUAAUGCAGAAACUAGCAGAUGUAAAGGAAAAAAAAGAAUGUGAAAAAUCAGAACUAACAAUGGAUUUAAUGCAGAAACUAGCAGAUGUAAAGGAAAAAAAAGAAUACAAAAAAUCAGAACUAUCAAAUAGUAUUACGAAUUUUAAGAAUGAUAUCAAAUACCGCACUGAACUUCUUUUACAAUCAAAAAGGAUGUGUAAUGUGAGAGGUGCCUUAGAGUUCAUCAGAUCAAUGAUUCAAUUGCAGGAUAAAACUACCUCAUUUUGUGAUCCUACAGACAGUGAUUUAAUGAAAUUGGCACAAGAUGCAAAGUUUGUGUCAUAUUUAAAACAAAUAUGUUUAGCUAAUAAUUCUCAAUACAAAGAUGUAGAAAAGUGUAUGGGUGGUCUUUACCAUACUGUAUCAAAACAAUUACAUGGCCAUGAUAAGAAUAUUGAAAUCCAUGCACAGGACUGGAGUGUGAAUGAAGUACUAGCACUAGGUGCUCUUUUUCAUUAUUAUAAUAUUCCAUAUUAUUAUUAUGAUGAAGAGGGACAAUUAACUGAAUACCCUUACAUUUUGCAAAAUAGUUCUGUUAAUGGGAUCUCAUAA